CUGUUUCAUUUCACAAGGAGUAAAAGAUUUGUAGUAUUAAAUUAAUUUUGAUAUACAGUAGUAGACUUAAUUGUGCAUUGGGGUUCGUCUUUUUCCCCAAGUCAACCCCAGCUCUAUUUUUUUUGCAUUAUUUUAGUAGGGAUUAAUUUUCUUGGGGCUAAUUCGAUCCAAUAUUAAUGGGGUGCUGCUGGAUUAAUUGCACCCAAAUUCAAAUCUUCACCUUCUCUGCCACACAUUUAUUUCCCUUUUAUCAAAUUUGACCUUCCAGUUUCCUUUUGUUCUCAUCCCCACUCCCAUUUUCAAAUCCUCUCAAAUAUACAAUGUGGGUUUAGCAUAAAGUUUGAAUCUUUAUCACAAUUUCCCAAUAAUAUUGUCAAGAAACAUGAGGUGGGUUAGCGUCGAAAGCUCGAAUCUUUCCCCCUCCCAACACCCAUACCUUCCGUUUCUCUCUCCUCCUCCGCCGCCGCAGUCAAAUGGGUUCAAUUUGAACAAGAAGGUCACUCCCAACAUGCUUCUGAUAAUCAUCAUCUUAGCCAUCAUCUUCUUCAUCUCUGGUUUGCUCCAUCUUCUAGUGAGAUUUCUUCUCCGGCCCGCAAACAGAGAUCCCGACGAGAUCGACGAUGUCACCGCGAUUCAGGGCCAGCUCCAGCAGCUCUUCAAUCUCCAUGACGCCGGCGUGGAUCAGUCCUUCAUCGACACUCUCCCUGUUUUCAGUUACAAUUCAAUCAUAGGGGCGAAGGAUCCCUUCGAUUGCGCUGUGUGUCUCUGUGAAUUCGAGGCUGAUGACAAGCUCCGUCUCCUGCCGAAAUGCAGCCACGCUUUCCACAUGGACUGCAUCGAUACGUGGCUGCUCUCGCACUCCACCUGCCCCAUUUGCAGGUCGUGUUUGCUCCAGGACUUCUCCGCGAUGAGCAAUGUUCGGCCUCCCAUUGUGCUCGUUCUUGAAUCGGGAAGCGAGAGCUCUCGAGAGAUCGCUCGCGUGAGCUCCGAUAGGUCGGAGAUUGCUAGUGAAAUUGAGGUAAAUGAGGAGGAUCGGAGCAAGAGAGUUGUGUCGGUGAAGCUGGGGAAAUUCAAGAAUGUUGAAGGCGGAGGUGAAGAAGGGAGUAGUAAUGGGGCUUUUGAUGCGAGGAGGUGCUUCUCCAUGGGCUCCUUUGCUUAUGUAAUGGACGAAAAAUCGUCGCUGCAGGUCCCGAUCAGGACUCCGGUGAAGAAGAAGGCGGCGCUGCCGCUCACACCGGGGCGGCGGCCGGCGAUGUCGGAAUGCGGGGGGUGUGAUUCGAGGCGGGAAUUCAAUGACUUCGAAGCGUUUAAGGCACUUCAAGGCGGCAACAAUAAGGAGGGUUUUUCGGUGUCGAAAACUUGGAGGGAUGUGGCGUCGAGGAGGGCGGUUUCGUUCCAGUUCCCGGUGGAGAGGACCGGGGGGGACGGGAGGCGGACGACGUCGGAGAGGUGGGGAGGUGGAGAGGAAGAAGUUGGGAGCUGCAACAGUUUGGAUUCUCAAACAAAUCCACCAUCAUUUGCAAGGAGGACUCUUCUUUGGAUCAUGGGAAGGCCUAAUAAGGUUGUUCAUUCAUCAUAUUUGACAGAUCUUUAAGCACAUUUUCCAUUGAAAUUUUAGUGAAUUAGGCAAACUUUUUUAUGAAUGAAAUUAUUGAAAUAUGAGCACAAAUUGUUUUUUUUUUGGCACAAAAUCUUUGAAAUUGUUUCUACAUGUAUGUUAAUUUGAUUUUGGAAUACAACAAGUAUGGUUCUUGCUCUGUUA